AUGUCAAACAAUACUGUCGGCUCGUCGGGACAUGCUCCCGGCAAAAUACGUGGACCUGGAAGACCACCAAAACGUACGUGUACAUGGUGUGGUGAAAGUAAAACGCCUUUGAAAUAUGUGUUGCCUACUGAAAACGGUAAAAAAGAGUUUUGUUCGGAGACAUGCUUGUCAGAAUUUAGACAGGCGUACAGUAAAGGCGCCUGUCUACACUGCGACAAUGUUAUACGCGGCAAUGCGCCUUCCAACAAGAAUUUCUGUUCUACAUAUUGUCUUAAUAAAUACCAAAAGAAAAAUGAGAAAAGGACGACUUCUCCGCAGUCAGGUAAUGGCGCAAAUGGGACUGAAAGUAACUCUAACAAUAACUCGACGGCUUCCUACUAUGAUCUCUAUCAGACAUUCGAUUGGACCGAAUACAUGAAGGAAACAAAUAGUGUUUCUGCACCGGAAGAAUGUUUUAAACAAGCAGUUCAUCCUCCAGUGAAUGAUUUCAAAGUUAAUAUGAAAUUGGAGGCUUUAGAUCCACGAAAUUUAACAUCAACGUGUAUUGCCACUGUGGUCGGAGUGUUAGGGCCGCGAUUGCGCCUAAGGCUGGAUGGCAGUGAUAAUAAAAAUGAUUUUUGGAGGCUUGUUGAUGCUGGUGACAUUCAUCCAAUUGGUCAUUGUGAAAAAAAUGAUGGAAUGUUGCAGCCACCACUUGGAUUUCGAAUGAAUGCCAGUAGCUGGCCUAUGUUCUUACUCAAAACAUUAAAUGGGGCAGAAAUGGCUCCAUCAAAGGUGUUUCAACCUGAACCGCCUACACCGAAGACAAAUUUGUUUGUGGUUGGUCAAAAAUUGGAGGCUGUUGAUAAAAAGAAUCCACAAUUGAUAUGCUGUGCUACUGUAGGAGCUGUAAAGAAUGAUCAGAUUCAUGUGACAUUUGAUGGGUGGCGUGGUGCAUUUGACUACUGGUGUAGGUAUGACUCUAGGGACAUAUUCCCAGUGGGUUGGUGUGCUCGAGCUGGACAUCCACUGCAGCCUCCAGGACAAAAGAGCGCUACCACUCCAUCUAGGUUUAAGUUACGCCCUACUGGAAUACCAAAUCCAGCCCUACCAGAGGGAGGAUCCACUGGAAGUAACAACAUAGGAGCUAAUUCUAGAACUUCCAGUCCUAUCCCAAAUGUUUGUCUUCGUAUUCGUAGCAGCUGCCAAGGUGGAAGUCCAAACUUACCUUUAUCGAUUACUGGAAUCGGAGUAUCAGGAGCUGCGGAAUCACUUGUAAAGGAGCUGUUGAGUGUCCAUCCUGACCCACAAAAGUUAACCCGUGCAAUUCUAACAGCCUCUAGUGGCUAUUCAAAUAUUACAAAUGUACAGGUGUCUUCAGGAAGCAAAAAUUAUUCAGUAAAAGUACCAUCAGAUUUAACUACAGAUGAGUUGAAGAACUGGUUAAAAGUGGUGUGUUUAGGUGUGGGAUGCUGUGUGGGCCUCAUUGAGGUGGAUACAGGGGAGGCUGCUUUGCGACCCUGUCUUCUUUGUGGAGAGUCUACUUCACAUGCGGUCACCAAUGGGAAAAGGGCAAAGAGUGAAGGCAGUAGCGUGGAAAGCGAAGGCCCAGCCAAGCUGGCUCGCGUGUCGCCCGAGAGGCCCGAGCCCGCAAGCUCCACGACGGGGGCGCCGCCCCCUCCACCUGCUGCCUUAGCGCCACCUGAAUGGUCUGUAGAAGACGUGAUCGGCUUUAUCGCCGCUGCCGACCAGGCGCUCGCCGCACAUGCUGACCUUUUCCGCAAACAUGAGAUCGACGGAAAAGCCCUCCUCCUCCUAAACUCGGACAUGAUGAUGAAAUAUAUGGGCCUAAAGCUGGGUCCUGCUCUCAAGAUAUGCAACCUUGUUUCGAAGAUUAGGAACCGACGACAUUACAGCGCCUAA